AUGAAAUUUUAUAACUUACAGCCUGUUUUCACUUGUUCAAUUAGACAAGCUCCCAUCUCAGAAACCACUGGUCCUUUAAUGAACGAGAAGUGUUUAUUCUUCUUCUUGUACACUCUAUAUUCAUUGUGUAGUAAAAUAAAGUGUUCGAUCUUCUUCCCUAUUUACAGAGAAACGGAAAACAAAUUUAGCCCUUCAAUAUCUCCUGUGGCAGCUGUUCACUGACCGUGCCCACACAAAGAUUAUAUAAAAAAUUCGCUUGUUAUUUAAAUAAAUCUUGCCCUUUUAAAGCAUUUAUUACUCUUUGUUAUAUAUGUCUUUGGUUUAAAUUAAGUAAUUUAUAUGAUGUGGCUCCAUAACGUUUAUCAUGUUCUAUAUUACCGCAAACCGUAUUUGUGGAUAAUUUUCGUUUGCUAUCACUCAUAAACUUAAAGUUGUGAAACAGUGGUAUAGUUUUGCAGUUUAAAAUGAACAAGACAGGCUAUCAUUUGUAGUUUAAAAAUUAGAAACGUAGUUUAUCAUAUGAAGACUUAUACGAGAACAAAUCUUCUUUUUUCAUUUUUGUAAUAAAUUCAUUAAUACUAAGUUUGUUUAGUUGAAUAGCAGAUGGUAACAUCGAGUUUCCAGCCUGAUUGGGCAAGACAUAUUAUCGUAAUAAAACUCGAAAGAUGCUUCUUCUCUAUUUUGGAAAAAUAGGCACCUUCUCACAGCAGGUAAGGUCAUUUUACGCAGUUUCUGACGCUCUUAGAAGAAGUCUCCUUAUACGUCAUUGGUUUUACUUUUGUGUUGAUGUGUUGCGAGGAAAAAUGUGAAAAUCUGAUCUACGUGGACAAGAUACUCCCUGCCCAUUUGAGUCAUUAAACAUGUCAAUGGACUGACUUAACUCAUUUUUCUUGCAGAUUGUUUGAACAGUCAAACAGCGAAAGCGAUUACCAUAUUUUAUCAUCAACGUAAGAUUAGCUUACAUUUCGCUCUAUAAACAGGUUAGAGUAAUCUUAUUCGAUACAAUCGUUUGUUGGAAAACUCUUAUGGAUCGCAAAUGCUAAGCUAAUGAUAUUCAAAUGUGUCAUUGUGCAUCAGAAGUUUUUUUGUUUAUUUUAGCAACGUUGUCCAAAUGGUAAAAUGAAUAAAAAAGAUAUGCUUCGAUGUUAUAAAGAAUUGUCAACAUGUGAUAUUGAUAAAAUAGAACAUGUUGUUAAUGCUAUUCAUCAAUGUUUCGAUGUAGAUAAUGAUGGAAAAGUUGAUUUUAAAGAAUUUGUUAUCGGAUUUUUACUCACAACCAAAGGAACAAUGGAAGAAAAGCUCGAUUAUACAUUUCAAUUAUACGGUAUUAAAAAUAUUAUCUUGACAAAGAUGGGUUCAUCGAUCAAGGAGAAAUCGACACCAUGGCAAAACGUUGUUUUUCAGUAUGUUUUACGAAUGCUGGGUGGUGAUGGUAAUGAACAUCAAUCGAUUGAACUUUUAAAACAUUUUAUAAGUUCUUGUCAUUGUAAUGAUCGUGGACUGAUAACAAAAGAUAAUUUUAUUCGUGCAUUAUCAUCGAAUGAAUUAUUAUCACAAUUAUUAUCACCUUUUACGUAG